ACAUUGUCAAUGCGGAUAGCUAGCAGCAUUUAUGAAUUAAAAGUGUACAGUAAAUCAAGAUCAGAAUGUCUGUGAUUGGAUUUGAUAUUGGAAAUGUAAACUGUUAUAUCGCAGUUGCACGAGCUGGUGGCAUAGAAACAGUGGAUAAUGAAUAUUCUGACAGAUGCACACCGGCUGUGGUGUCAUUUAACAGUCGUCAAAGAAUGAUGGGUGUUUCUGCUAAAAAUCAGAUGACUAUGAACUUCAAAUCAACCAUCACUCAAUUCAAAAGAUUGAUUGGGCGUAAAUAUGAUGAGCCUGCUGUACAGAAAGAAUUACAACUUCACCCAAACAAGUUUGUUAGAAUGGAAGACGGUGGAAUUGGAAUAGAGGUUCAAUAUAAAGACCAACCACGCAUAUUCUCUCCAGAACAAAUAAUGGCAAUGUUUUUUACACAACUAAAAACCACUGCCUCUGAUGCUCUUCAAACAAAAGUUACUGAUUGUGUUAUUUCUGUACCGUCAUAUUUUACUGAUUAUCAAAGAAGAAGUCUCCUUCUGGCUGCUGAGGUCGCUGGACUGAACUGUCUCAAAUUAAUGAACGAUACAAGUGCUGUUGCUUUGAAUUACGGCCUGUUCAAACAAGAUCUUCCAGCACCUGAGGAAAAACCACGACAUGUUGCUUUUGUUGAUUGUGGACAUUCAUCUUUUCAAGUUUGCAUAGCUGCUUUUAACAAAGGAAAAAUCAAGAUACUCUCCACGGCUAGUGAUGCGUCUCUUGGUGGUCGUGAUUUUGAUGAAAAGCUUAAAAAUUAUUUUGCAGAAGCAUUCUUACAAAAGUAUAAGAUUGAUCCCAAGUCCAAUGCAAAAGCUUGGCUUCGCCUUAGUGUACCUGUAGAGAAAAUGAAAAAGCAACUUAGUGCCAACUCCACAGACUUACCUCUUAAUAUUGAAUGUUAUAUGAAUGAUAUUGAUGUAACACACAAGGUCAAUAGGGAACAAUUUGAAGAAAUGUGCAAAGAUUUGUUUGAAAGAAUCGAGGCACCAUUAAUCGAAGGGAUUAAUGGAUCAGGUUUGAAAGUAGAAGAUGUCGAUUGUGUUGAAGUGGUGGGUGGUUCAACCAGAAUACCAGCCAUCAAAGCUGUUAUUGAAAGAGUUUUUGGUAAACCCGUCAGCACAACAUUAAAUUUAGACGAAGCCGUGUCCCGAGGGUGCGCUAUUCAAUGUGCGAUGCUAUCACACACAGUAAGAGUUCGAGACAUUGAAGUGUCCGAUGCAGCUACUUAUCCAAUUCACAUUUCUUGGGAUUCAACAAAAGCAGACGAAGUUGGAGAAAUGGAAGUCUUUAAAAAAUAUCACUCUUAUCCGUUUACAAAAAUGUUGACAUUUCCACAUCGAGUAGAACCGUUUCGAUUCAAAGCUUAUUACCAUAACGAUGUUGAUGUGCCUCAAUUUGAUAAAAAUAUAGGUGAAUUUGUUGUAAAUGCUACUGCUUCGGAGGACUCGUGUGAAAAAGUCAAAGUUAAAGUUAAAGUUCGGCUUGACAUGCACGGAUGUUUCACAGUCAGUAGCGCUACACAAGUAGAAACGCUCCCACCCGCUCCUGAACCAGAACCACCAAAGGAGGAGGCUAUGGAGGCAUCAAGUGAGACGGUAGAAAAUGGCGAAGUAAAGUCCACUGAAGAAAAUAAAACCAAAGAAAUGAAUACGGAUCCUCCAGCGGAUCAACCAGAGAAACAAGUGCCAAAGACUGAAGAAAAAACAGAAGGAAAAGAGAAAAAAGAAGAGAAGAAGGAGGAAAAGAAACCCAAACCGAAAAAACUUACAAAAAAUACAGAUUUAGCAAUCACAAAGGAACAAGCUAAUAUUUCUCCAUUGGAUUUAAACAAACUUAUAGAAAUAGAAAAUGAGCUCAUCUCGGAUUUCCGCUUAGAAAAACUUAGAUCAGAUGCAAAAAACGCUGUAGAAGAAUACGUAUAUGCAACAAGAGAUGGCCUCUACGGAAUAUAUGAAAAUUAUGUUACAGAAAAUGACCGAGCACAAUUAUCUAGUCUCUUAGAAGAAGUAGAGGAUUGGUUGUAUGGAGAUGGAGAGGACCUGAAGAAACAGGCAUAUGUUGAUAAAUUAGCUGAACUAAAGAAACAUGGUGAUCCAAUAGCUGCACGGUAUCAAGCUCACUCACAUCUUCCAGCCGCGUUCGAAUCCUUUGGAAAAUCUUUCACUCACUUUAGAAAAAUCUUGGACCUUUACGCAAAUAAGGAUGAAAAGUACGCUCAUAUAGAAGAAUCUGAAAUGAAAAAAGUUCAGAAGAAAGUGGAGGAAAAGUUCAAGUGGUUCAACGAGAAGAUGCAAGAAAAUGCUAAGUGUCCCCAACACAGUAAUCCUGCUGUCUAUCCAGCACAAAUACUCUCUGAAAAAAAGAUUUUGGAUGAUUUUUGCAAUCCAAUCGUUAAUAAAGCAAAACCGAAAGCUGAGCCACCGAAAGAUAAGAAAGAAAAAGAAGCAACAGCCAGUAAAGACGAGUCGGCGCAAUCAAAUGAAAACGCUGAAACGAAACCUGAAACAGCGAAUGCAGAAGCAGGAACUGAAAAAGACAACACCCAAGAGAAAAUGGAGACAGAAGAAAGCAAAACCAGAGGAUCAAAAGAAAAUCUAGACAUGGAAGUGGAUUAAUGUUUUUUCUAACAAAAAUCAAUACGGAUGAAGAAAGAAAGAUGACUUGUACCAUCUUAGUUGAAAUUCUUGUUAUAUCUUCAGAUUUUCGUUUGAAAUUUCAGCGAUAAAUUAUUAGACGAGAAAUAAUGUUUAGUUUUUACAACAGAAUUUUUACAUAAUGAAAUAUUGAAAUUUGAUAA